CGGCCCCGGCAGCGCGCAUUGCGUUCUUCUCCUCCACUCACAAGAGAGCUUUUCUUGAGCGCGUGUUUGCGACUUGUUGCUCUCUCUCUUUGAUCCGUUGGGAGAAAACAGAGGGGACACACGGACACUUCCCUUUUCAUAGGUCAGAAUCUUUUCUCGGUCUUUGCUCAGCUCACACCCAUGCUCGCAUGUCAGCAGGCGCGUGUAAACUAUUUUUAAUCCGUAAGGCGCACACUUUUCCUUAACCUUUCACAGAGGAUUAGCCUAAAAAUAGCAUACUUAGAGAAUACUUUUAUUUUGUUUCUGAUUGAGAUGAAAUGAAUAAAGUAAAGUUUACUAUUUUCCUAUUUUUUUGGAAUGAUUAAAACCUAUGAAAUAGAGUAUUAUCCAUACGUAAAACAGACAUACAUUACUUGUGAAGGAGAUAUGUGUUUCAUGGGAAAGAAGAAAAAGAAGUAGAAGAAAGCUGAAAAGUUACCUCGUACUCACACCGAGGUCAAACGUUCAGACGUCAGGGCUGUGCAGCGCGGUGGCACUUCAUACUACGUGUGUUGGAAGGAACAACGUGAGCUGUCAUUUCGCCAUGAGUCCGUGGAUUAAAUCCUACCUCCUGCUUUUUCUGUCCCCGCUGUAUACAGUCUUGACCUCCUUGGAGUAUGAGCCGAAGUUUGACCGUCCGAUGGUGAAUGUCACAGUAAAGGAAAAGAACACUGCCAUCUUGCCGUGUAGCGUCAACUUUUUAGGAUCUCACGAGGUAGUGUGGACGGACCAGUUUUCUACACUGCUCACUUACCAAGACCGCAGGAUCAUUGAUGAUGAAAGACUGAGUGUGGAACGUCCAUACACAAGAGACUGGAACCUGCACAUCCGUGACGUCAGAUACAGUGACCAGGGCAUCUAUAACUGUCAGAUUAACACCACACCAGUCAAAAUCAAAACCAUCAAUUUGGUUGUUCUAGGGAGACAUACCAGCACUACCACUAUGGCCCCUACAGAAGCCACACACAGUCAGGAUGUUUUUAUAGUAACUAAGAGCACCUCUCCACAGAAGGUGGAAAGCGCGACACAGGAUGCUCUUGCGAAAGUGCCAGCCAAAAUCCUAGAGCACCUGUCCUCAACUGAUACCACCGUGCGUGAGGGGGACACCGUUACCCUCAUCUGCAACGUCACAGGUACUCCCCACCCUGAGGUCACGUGGUACAGGAAGCACGGCAGGGGGGAGGAGAAACAGAGUGAGUUGUGCCCCGGCAAUGAUAAAGUGGGAGUGAAUGGCGAGGUACUCAUCAUCCACAACGUGACACGGUAUUGUGGCGGGGACUACGAAUGUGUAGCUUUCAACGGCGUGCCACCAGCUGUCAGUAAAAUCGUGGAGGUCUUUGUGGAGUUCGCCCCUGAGAUCUACCUGCCUAACAAGAAAAUGCGUCAGGAGAAAGGCAAGGAUACCAUCUUGGAGUGUACCGUGACAGCUUUUCCUCACGCAGUCACCUUGUGGCAGAAGGACGGGGUUCAAAUCACAACAUCAACUCUUAAAUACAGGGUUGAAGUGUAUGACGAGGAUGCGAACCAGCUGACCCUAAGUCUUCGGGUCUUCAACAUUGAAGAGUCUGACUUCGGCGCCUACACGUGUGUGUCUUCCAACACCCUGGGGGAAGACCAAGAGACGAUGUAUCUCUCAGAGCACGUUCGGGCAACAGUAACCACCAAAAAGCCUAGCACGUCCACCCAGAACCUGUACAUCCCCGCUACGUCACACCAGAAGCUGAUCGUCUCUCGCAGACCGCCAGUGGCCCGACCCUCCGCCACCCUCGCCUCUGGCCAAAGUCUCGAGGGCUUGCCUAUGGAGAACACCCACGACAGACAACCCACUCGGAGACCUGUGUACGAACCAUCCUACAGGGGCAGGGACGAUACCAAUAAAAGGAUUUUAGCAACAAAGAAGAAGGAAAAUGCAUCAACUCGGCCCGGAAGUGUCUCCUUUACCUCCCAGACUCUCGCAAGCAUCUUACUGGCCGUGUUGCUCUCAGUCAUGUUAUGACCUGCCACUUGGGACUAUAGGCUGCACAGAAACCAACGAGGCCACAACGUUCUCAGAACAUAAUAUACAAAGUCCCACAAUACUGGCUUAGUUGUAGUGGACUUAAAUGCUCACCAAGACAAAGCUGCAUUUUUUAGUAGAAAUGCGAGAAUGGGAAGUAAUGGUUUCCACAUUAUUAUACGUUUGUAAACGUUUAUGGGUAAUAUCUACGUGAGGCUGGGAUCGAAAAAAACCCAAACAAUCUGUGCUUGUUGACUUCUACUCUGCUUACAAAAUGGUGUGCUUCGGUAAUUUUAAAUACUGCAAGAGGGCCUUUGUCAAAACUCGGUCGUUUGAAUUAGAACAACACUGUCUGGCACACCAAGUAAUCGUUGUAUACUAUGUUUUAGGCUCUAUAGCAGAUGUAAGGCAUUCGUAUCUGAACAUGUGACCAGUAGAAUGUUUUAUUGCAUAAUUAGAAAAUACAUAAUAUUGAGUAAUUGAUAAAUGGAUGUAUUCGCUUUUUUAAAGUUCUUUUUGGGGGAUCCAAGUUUGUAUUGGAAUGCAAACUUGCUCGAUACAUUCUGUUGACAAGAUUCGUUCCAGGCAGAUCAGCAUGGUAAUCUGUGAAAUCUGUCACAACCUUCAUCUCAUUCCAGAUCUUAGAAAUACUCUCCGAGAUUUGAAAAAAAAACAACUUAAAAAAGCAAAACAAACCCAACAAACUACAAACCUGACCCAUUAGGGUAUAAUGUAUAAAAUGCAGAAUUAAAAAAAAUCGUUAGUGAAUUUCCUAAAUCUACAUACUCCCAAAUAACGAGGUGAAAACAGAUUUGUUGGUCAAAGUGGUUAGAUCUAUCUUAAAAUCGUGAAUGAGUUUUGAAUAUAGAACCCUGUUUUAAGAAUGGGAAGUAGAAGGUAUGACAAUGUUUCAACACUAAAAAAUCGUUAAAGUUAUCAGAAGUGUAAAAAGUAAUGCAUUCUGGGUUUUGCUUCUACUGCUUAAAUUGAUUUUAAAAAGUGGCCCAGGAAGGAAUUUGAAUUUUGAGCAAAAACUGGGACAAGUUUAAGGUUUACACUCGUCAGCUGGUUCGGGCUCCUACGAAUGAAAAGGUUCUGCGAAAUGUUGGAUUGUGUAAAUAUAAAGGUGAAAAAUGCAUGCUAUGUACAUGCACAUACUUUUUCAUCUCGGGUGUCGGGGCAUUAUCUGUGCGGGAGUGCUUCUCUUGGUGGAGGUUUUGGGCCUAUAGACCUAAACUAACAAGUGGCACCCAACAUACUCUAAGCUUUUACCUUUUCUCCCCAUCUAUAUAUAUUCUGACUUACCAGAGACGUUAGAGCGAAUCGAUACGGAACAACAACAGUUACUUUUCGGCAGGAAACAGAGUAGCCCAACAUUGACGCUUUAAAAGAUGUGGGAGUUGAUCACACCAGAGUACCUAUCAGCUACCAUCAUUAUGUUAAGCUCUUGUCUCUGAGGAAAAAUAUGGCGAGACUGAGAUUCGAAAAGCUGUUUCAGCCGUCUCUUUUCUUGGGAAAGAGAGGGGGGCUGCUUUGUUCACAGGGAUUUUUGGAUCUCAAGGUUGGUCUAAGUUUUGUUGCCUGCAGUUGAUGUCGUGAUACCUACCAUCUUAAAUUACAUCUUUUAAGAAAUUAAUCAAUUUUCUUGGACAAAAUAGAUAAUACGGAUCUUAUAACUAUGUUCAGGAAAAGAAUCCAUAGAUGGUUGAGAGAUCAUCCAUGUCUAUAUGGCUCUAAACAUAAUCGAAACUUAUAUUUAGAAAUAAGUCUUGCUCCUCUGUAUGUUGCACAGGUCAAAUAUACCAGUUUAUCAUACGCACUUUUUCAUGUGUUCUAGAGGAUUAGAGAGAGAGAGAGAGAGGGAGAGAAAGAGAGAGAAAGAGAGAGAGAGAGAGAGAGAAAGAGAGAGAGAGAGAGAGAGAGAGAGAGAGAGAGAGAGAGAGAGAGGGUGUGUAGGAAAUUGAAAAAGAGACUGAGAAAGUAAGAUGGAGGAGUAAAAGAACGAGAGAGAGAGAGAGAGAGAGAGAGAGAGAGAGAGAGAGAGAGAGAGAGAGCACAAAAGGGAGGAAGUUGAUGCAGAUAUAAAUAUUCCCUUCAACAUUCUUUGUCACAAUGGUUUGUACAUUACCCUUAUUGUAGUCCCUCAUAAAUCUCUUUUUCCUUUAUGUACUCAUAUAAGCAAAUACUUGCGCUUGCUAAAUAACACUCUUAUGCUGAUGUGAUAUAAUGAUAAUAGUUCUCCUGAAAUGUAUUGCUUCUAAAGACAUGUCGUGUACAUUGAAAUGUAUUGUUAGGUACUUUCUUUAUGUAUCUGUGUAUGUUCUACGUAGUUCUGUUGCAGGUGCAUCGCGUAUUUCUGACCCAAUACAUCUGAUAAGACCCA